AUGGAGGAACUCGACGACACCGCGCCCUACCCAGCGGGAGAAGAGGACGUGGUGGCUGCCUCCGCCGUUGAUGAGUCCACGGCGCCGCCGCCUAGCACGCCGGAGGACGUCAAUUCAGAGCGCGACGUCGGGACGGAGCUGGAUGCGCCGCAGGAGACGGUCACCACCACGGCGGAGUUGACCCCCUCCAACGAGCCGACGCCGUCGCCGUCGCCGCCCCACCAGGCCGAGGAAAACGCCGCGCCAGAGACGGACGAGUCCGCCGUCAACCAAAUUUUCACCAACCGCUGGGUCACCGUAUCGGAGGAGGAGAUGCACGUGUGGAACACCGUCGCGGCGCUGCCCUUGCACUAUCCGGCGAGCACCACACUGAUGGCCGACUUGGCCAACGACGAGACGGCUGCUCGAGAAGCUUUGCCCACCUCUCCCGAGACCUUCCCCACCUUGGCGGAGCAUCUGGCCGCGCAAGGCGUGCCGUUCGAAGAUGUCAACAUGAUGUGCAUUGCGGCUGACCAGAAGGUGGGCUCGGAAAGUCUCUCCUACGGCAAGCUGUCGCUCAUCUUGAUGUCGUGCGACCCAGAGGUCGGCAGAGGACUCGUCCCCGAGUGUGAGCAGUUCCUCGGCGAGCUCUCUGCUGGUACGUUGCUGCAGCAGCACCAACCCCUCGCUUUCACUGCCCUCGCCCUGAGCGCCUCGGAGGCGUAUCCGGAUGAGAGUUUUUACUACUGCCUUCCGGAGGGUGCCGCCGCCGCCUUUCAGGGCCUGUCGGAGAAGGACGUCUUUAUUCUGAAUGCCCUGACGCCUCUCAACACGGCAUCACCGGCCGCCGGCGUCUUUGCGCUGCGCAUCAUCGGCCUGCCGAAGGUGAUUGAGCUGGCGACGACGGACGAGAGCGAUGACACGAUGGUGCUCAGCCAGUGGUUUGCGCGGCUGCGCGUGGUGGAGCAGGGCGCCGACGUCAUCACGGUGCACUUCGUGGAGAACGUGUGCGACGACGAAUUCCAAGGCUUCCUCAACGGCUACAUCGCACGCCUCAUCGAGGAUGAAAACCGCCUCGACAAGAAACAAGGCGAGGCCGCCCCUGAAACUGCUGAAGAGUUGGGCGAAGGUGGCGCGUACGAGAUUGGCGAUGAAGAGGGCGGGAAGGAGGCGGGUGUGCCCGAUGAGGAUGCAGAGCUCGCCGCAGCCAACGAAUUGUAA